CCCUGCAGAGACAGCCUGUGGGCACAGCUUUCUUCUCCCUGCUGCUUCUGCCAUGGGCACGAGUGGAUGGCCCAUUCACCAUGAACUGUGACCCCCGCCCCGGCAUUCCUAGGUGGUCCUGUGUCCCUCGCUGAGGAUCUCACAGCCUGGCAGUUGCUUCCUCAUAUCUGAUGUGCUUAAUCCUCAUGGAGCUACAUCCGUAACCAUGGUGACGCGGGUCGAAGUUGGCUCUAUUGCAUCCCUGAGGGCGGGGCCUGGCCUCGGUGACAUCAGCAGGGAGAAAGCCCUGAAGAGAACAUACUUUGGCCAGACUGGGGAUGCCCCUGGAGCACCCUCCACUAGAGUCCUGAGUACAGAAAGCCCCCUACGGACCCACCUGUUCCCUCUGCCCAUUGCUCCCAAGCCUUUCCUUAAGGAGCAGGUCCUUGAAAAAAAGACUCCUGUCACAUCUUCGUGGCCUGGUGCCACCCAGUCCUGUCCUUCAACUGAGAUUGGCAUGAGGGAGGCUAAAGAAGACGUGGCUAAAAGGAUGCCGGGCUUAGCCGGACAGGAGGCAGGCAGAGGAGAGGCCCUGCUAAAUGGCCCGUCUGUGUCUAACAAGGCCACCUUCCUGAGGUCUGGCCCCAGCACCGUGGGCCUCUUUGAAACCAACAAACCCGUACCCAACCUGGGCAAAGGAACUAGUGAGGGGAGCCGGGAGGCCAGCUCCUGCGUAGCCCAGGCAUCUCCCUUAAGUGCCAGGCCUGAGGUGGCCACCAAGCCUGCCCUACCAGCUCGAAAGCCCCUAGUGACUCUGCCCCGACCCACCUCCCUGUCAAAGGAUGCUGGGUCUGACGUGUCCCAGGAGUUGGCAGGCCAAGCCCAACCUUUGCCAAAGGCCCACAGUGUGGAGGACCCUGCUGGCCGGGCUCCAGAGGCCAAGUCCCAACCGAAGAGACGUCCCAUGUCCGCAGUGUUCAGCGAGUACUUGCCACCCCCAAAGCCAGGCCCAGGUGGAGUGGCGGUCAUGGGCAAGGUCCCCCCUGUCCCUCCGGAGAAGACGUGGAUGAGGAAACCCAGGCCUCUGUCUGUGGAUCUGACUGCUGUGUUUGAGAGCAGAGAGACGCUGCUGAGGAAGGUGGCCAGUGAACAGAAUCCAGUAGAGAGCCAGGGCCCAGAGAAGAUCGGCGUGCAGCCCAAGGGCAACGCAGAGGGCCCUGUCCGCGUGGAGGUCACCCCUCAGGACCCUGACUCAGACUUCCAGGAGGUGGCCAAGAGACUCCAUGUGCGGAGGGAGAGGACCAUUCUUAAACAGACAGCUACAGACAGUCCCAGGACUCCCCAGGACGAGGAAAGGCCAGACCAGCAGUCAGAGAAGGAGCCGGAGUCCCCUUUGCCCAGGCCAGGAAGGGCUGAGGUCAAGGGUGGAGGGUCUGAGCAGGAGGCUCCUGCAGGGACAGAGAAGAAGUCUGCAGGGACCAUCAGGAAACGCCUCAGCCUGUUUGAAGAAGAGACUGCUGUGGCCUUGGUGGUGGUGUCCGAGCCCUCGCCUAGUACCCCUGUGUCCCCAUCCACAGUGCCAGAGUCGGAGAGAACUGGUGUGAAUGUUCAGGCUCGGAUCAAAGGCUGGACUGUGGAGAGCACAGGAGCCAAGCCGGAGGUCAGGAGAAGGACAUCCCAGGCACGGCCGUUGUCUAUGGAUUUGACCAAAACGUUCUCACGAUCACCUUCCGGCAGUGAGGUCGGCCACGAGAAGUGUGCUCUGCUGGGUGGCGAGCUCACUGGGGAGAGGAGAGGAAAGCCUAAGGAAGGACAUGGUUUGGAUGGAACUCCCACCACAAAAAGUUCUUGGAAGUCUGGGGUUCUCCAGAAGUCUAGGCAGACUGAACCCAAGGAUGCUUCUGGCCAGGACCCUGACAAGUUUCAGCGUAAAUACUCACCAGGAGACCCAGGCCCUUCUGAAGUCAGUCCAGAAGAUGACGGAAGCUUCCAGAAGGUGUGGGCCACGAUGUUUGAGCAUCAUGUGGAGAGACACACAGUGGUUGACCAGGCAGGCCAUUGUCUCUCACCUACAUCUCCUCAUGAUGUGGCUGACAUCCCAGAUCCCAAACCCAGGUCUGAGAAAGGCUAUUGGCUAGGGAAGGACCCUCCUGGAGUAAUGAGCAAGAGAGACAGCUCUAGGUGGUCCAACCAUGCUGACCCAGGGAUGCUGGGACAAGCUGUCCUUGUGGAUGUGGAGCCAAUACGGUAUCCCACAUCUGUCCCUGAGACACAGGGCAUGGGAGAAGGGCACAGCACUAACACUGUUCUGACACAUCAAGAGAGUUCCCCUGUGUCCCAGAGGAUCCAGCCCAAGUAUGACAUUGUGCAUGCCGCAGGGGAGCGAGCACACAGUGAAGCAGUCUCCAGGGUGCCUGAGGAGAAGGCCGUGACGCUACGCAGUGGCAGGUACCGACUCUCACUGCAGGGUCGGCAGCUAUCCCAGGAGGUCAGCCCUACUCACCUGGGAUGUGCUCUGCAGGUCCAUGGGGGUGCUGUCCAAAGGGCAAGUUCUUUAUGGGAAGCUCGGGGUCAAGAGGCCAGUGGAUCAAAGCUUGACUGUCAGCAGCCACAGGAUGGAUUUGGGGGUAGUUUCCCACCCUCUAAAUGGACAGGAGGGGCAGUGACAAGCUGGCACAGCACCUCUGUGGGCGGCAGAGAUCUCAAUGGACCCAAAAUGGGUCCAUCCUGGGAUGGCUCUUCAAGUCCUCCAUCCAGGGCCACCGUUGAACCCUGUGACUCCCUAGUACAGGCAAGGCUGAACUCAUUGUCUCUGCAGAAAGGUCCCCUUGAAGUUGCCAGUGAGGAUAACCCAAGGCUGGCCCAGGCAUUCCAGCAUGAAGUCAUAAUGCGAAGAUCCAACCCUUCGGAGCCAAGGAUGGACAGGUGGAGGCGGCGGACUCUGCCACACGAUGUGAAAUUUGAUGCAUUCAGCUUCCUCACGCCGGAGAACACUUCCAAAAGGCAGCAGAGACCUGCAGAUGAUGUGACCUCCUCAACCUGUGCCUUAAAGAGACCUCCAUUGUCCCACCACCAGGCACAAAGUCAAGAACUGACGCCAGGUGCCUCACAAAGUAGGACUUGCCCAGUGGAGAAGCCAGGGCUGUCUGCUGAACCCAGUGCAACUUUCUUUGCAGUGACUUACCAGAUUCCCGAUAUUCAAAAGGCCAAGAGUGUUGUUAAACCAGGGCCUGAAAAUGUGUCAGAACCUCCUAGAAGAACGACUCCCCCUCCUCCUCUGUCGCCUCGCUCUUUUCUGUCUACUUUGGCUUCUCCUAGCCACAAAGAGCCACGGGCUCCUACCAGCAGUAAGGGCUGGGCCAAGGGCAGAGGACACGAAGAAGGAAAGGGCCUUCCAAAACACCCGAAGGCCACAGAGCAGCCAUCCUCUGCUGGGGACAGGAUUCUGGAUCCUUCCAGGGACAGAGUUAUUGAUGUGGAUGCUCUGGGGAUUCAUCGGGGGUCAGAGGAUGGAACUGAGAAAGGCAGCAGGACCAGAGUAUCUUCAGGCGUGGGUGCCCCACAGACCUCCCCGGUCCUGAGGCGCCCCAAAAGUCUCCUGGUCAGAAGGAGGACAGAGGUGAUCAGCGAGACAUUCCCAGGGAAGGUGAGAGAUGGCUACAGGUCUGGCGUCCUCGACAUUGAUGCUCUGAUGGCCGAGUAUAAAGAGCAAUCAAACAGAAACCCCAGCGAGACUCAGGAGCAGAGGGGCGGUCCUCCAGCAGAGCCCAGUGGCUCCCCUCAGGAGAGAUCAGGUUGGCCCAAGGUGGAAUGGGGACGGAGGAGCCUGAAUGAAGUUUCCUGGUCAGACAGUGUUGGAAAACAAGCGGGGACCUCUGUGAAAACUCCCCAGUCCCCUGGCCCGAGCAAGCAGCCAGCAGAGCCCCUCGGGGCAGCCAUGACCACCAAGUCUAGCCUGCCACUGUGGGCACCACCACACUCAGCUUCUGUGGAAAACUGUUCCUCAGUCUCCCCUGUCCCUGCUGGUUCCAGGAAAAAAUCCCCAGGCAUUUCUGAGUUGGAAAGCAAGCCCUCCCCCAGUGAGCACCAGGAGGCAAAGAACAGGCAAGGCCCAGCCAAGUCCCAGGAGCCAGACAGGGAGGACGGAAUCUCCCCCAGGACCCCUCCCUCUGAUCAAAAGAAAGCGACGCCAAAGAAGUCCACUAGUCAGGGAGUGGAGGGCGAUGGAGUGCAGUGGGGAACCCCCCCACAUGACUAUAUGUCACCAGUGUCACCACUGGACAUCAAGAGGGCCUGCUCAGAGAAGGGCCCACCAGCCAGGAUCCGGGAAGGCCUGUCAGUCAUGCAGGACGCCAGGCAGCGGAGAGGGAAGCUGAGCCUCCCUGCGGAGACACCCAAGGCCACAACGGGACCCUGCCAGAAGGAGGCAAGGAAGCCAGAUGGUCCUAAGGUGCCUUCGCAGAACCUGGAGCAGGACGGCCAGAAGCCUGUCCGGCAAGUGUCCCCCGUUGCCUCUGUCCCCAGGCGAAGUCACAGCUUUUGCAAGGACAAGAAGAGUGGACCCUUUGUGAACCAGCUGAAGCAGUGCUUCUCCAGGAGAGCACCCGAAGCCAAGGAUACUGACACCCUUGUUCACGAAGCCGACAGCCAGUAUGGAACCUGGGCAGACCAGCACCAGAAUGGAGGCAGUUUUGGCCCCGAGUCCCCGUCGUCCCCGGACAGCAGUGCUGCCUCUGCGGGGAAGCAGCCACCAAGCAGCCACUUGUCCUCGUACACGGAGUCCACAUCGGUGGAGCAGCGCGACAGCUCCAGGGACCGGCGCAGCUCCAGCGUGGACCGUUCCAGUUCUGAGCUGGAGUCCACAGAUGGCCCAGAGGGGCCACCCCCAUCAGACGCUUGCCCAGCAGAAAGGGAGGACGAUUUUUCCUUCAUCCAUCAAACUUCAGUCCUCGACUCAAGUGCCCUGAAGACCCGGGUGCAGCUGAGUAAGCGAAGCCGUCGCCGGGCUCCCAUCUCCCACGCCCUCCGGCGCAGUCAGUUCAGCGAGUCAGAGAGCCGGUCUCCUUUGGAAGAGGAGUCACACAGCACAUGGAUGUUCAAGGACUCAACAGAAGAGAAGUCGCCCAGGAGGGAUGAGUCGGAUGAGGAGCCACCCAAGGUGGAGAGGACGCCUGUCAGCCAUUCCCAGAGGAUGCCCAUGUUCCCAGGCAUGGACCCAGCUGUGCUGAAGGCUCAGCUGCACAAGAGGCCAGAAGUGGACAGUCCUGACGAGUCCCUCAGCUGGACGCCCCAGCCCAAGACCUCUAAGUUGCCCUUCCAGCCUGGGGUGCUGGGCAGUCGGGUGUUGCCUUCCAGCACAGAGAAAGAUGAGAGGUCAGAGGAAUCCUCGCCCCAGUGGUUAAAGGAUCUGAAAUCCAAGAAGAGGCAGAGCCUGUAUGACAAUCAAGCUUGACCAGACAGGACAUCACUACACCCACAAACUCAAGCCUUAACUGCCAGAUGUCAGAACCCGAGGCCAAGCCACCUGCUCCUCCCUGGCCACACUCACGUGCCUGGGCCUUUCCACCCUGAAGACACUGUGCUGAGUCACUUCUGGGUCCCCACAGGAAGACCCUGCCCCAGGACCUGCUCCAGUCCCCAGAAGGAUCUUCAGUUCUCCUUGCAGAAGUGGAUUGACUUUGGUGUGACGAUUGGCUUUCCUGCCCUCUGCAUACACCUCACAGGACUCCCUCGGCUGGAAAAGAGACUCUGGGCUCCUCCCCAGGCAGCCCGUCUGGAAGGACUUGGACACACAAGCUUGACCGGCUCUCAGAUGGCAAGGGAACUGUCCAAGCAUUACACUGGUGUCUCCCGGGUUUUGCUUUUUUGUUUUGUUUUGUUUUCUUUUUGACAGGUUCUUCUUUCCCCACUUAGAUCCCAUAUUCAUACUUAUAAGCACACUUAUCCUUCCUGUGGGGCUGUGUGCACAGUAGGGCUGUGUGCACAGUAGGCCUGUGUCUCACUACUUUCUUGUCUGCUUUAGAGGGGGAUAAAGCAAUAAUGCAGCCAAUUUUCUUAGAAACCUGACACGGGCGUUGUAUUUCAGCAUUGACAGACGCAGGAAGAGAUGGACAUUGUCCAGUGCCUCAGGUUACCUGAUCCCUGUCCUAGCUAUGAAAACUUGUGAGUUUUACCAUUGUCCAUGUCUAGGCUGCUCUGAUGUCUGUGUGGUAGCCUUUACCCCUCAGUCCCAAGUGUUAUGAACCUCAGUCCGAAUGGUCAGUGCCUUGGCCACUCACAUACCAGACCUGCUCUGGGUGUCUUUCUUUUUCAUCUUUUCUGAACACCCAUGUCCUGCUGGAGUGAAGACCCGACUAAAUCAGCUGAGAACAGACGUGGCCCCACCCCUGCCCGUGACCCACCUGGCCGAAGUCCAUCUGCAUCUUGAUCUCACGGAAGGGCCCCUGUAGUGGGGGUCUCAGGCCAGAUGCUAGGCCAAAAGCUCUAAGAUGUUCUUCGCAUUCUGCUAGCUGAAUGCUCACCCCUUGGAGUCUCAAACCCUCUUCUGUACUCUGGACACCCACUCUGUCAUGUUUCCUUUUGUAAGUCCUCAAGAGGACUUCAGAAGUCCCAGCACCAGCGGUCACCCCUAACAUGCCAAGCCGGCUGCCCACUGUGCCGGCAGCUUCCAGAGACCUUGUCCCAGCCUUGCCUUGGUGACAUGCCGAGGCAGUUCCCAGGUUCCAUGGCUGUGGAGGGCCCUGGGUCUGGUGUUCUGACAGAUACCUGCCUGGCACUUGUGCCCGCCACUGCCCUGACCUCCCCAUCGGCAAAAGUUGCUCUCUGUAAACCCGUUACUUGCAGAUGGUGUUGAGACCUGCCUCUCUGUCUUCCCGCCUCAAAUCCUCUCUCAUUAUCCUCUCUGCCUGUUUUCCCUUUGGAAGGAUGUGGGAAAGGAUGGCAGUAUUUGGUGUCAUUAGGUUAGGACAGUCACCUGUGCUGGGGGCUGAGGUGUCAGCACCCAGGAGAUGGCAGGCCCCACCCGCACCCCACCCUGUGCUCUGGCCACCAAUGAGAACACAGUGUCAACACUUCACUGCUUUCCCUUCCUCCCUGACAGCCAUCCUCUGAAAUCAUUUGGGGUUCAGUCUCCCGGCAGACUCUUCCAUAGUUCUGUUUUCUGUUGUGUUAUGAUUUUAGAUCCAUUUUGUAUGCUGCAGCACUUUUGACCCAGCAGUGGCUUGCCAGGGACUCCUUUUAAAACACACUAGCAGGGCUGAGGAUGGAGUAUGUGCCUCACCCGGGGAGGUACCACAUAAUCAAGUGUGGAGGGGUACACCAGUGAUUCUAGCACUUGGGUAAAAGGAGGAGGGCUGGUAGUUCAAGGCCAUCCUUGGCUAAGAAAGCUGGAGGCUAGCCUGGGCUGUAAAAUCCACUCUCAAACAGAGCAAUAACAAAAACCAAACGAACAAAACCACAAAGCAACCAUCUGCUCACGUGUCUAACUUCUCUCCACUGCUCUCUUUGUUCUGGGCGUAAGAAGCCCAUGGUGGCAGGAAGUGUCCUGAGUAUUGAAAGACACAGUAGCAUCAAAGUGAGCUCGCCUUGUCGGUCAUCACCUAACCUCUCUUGCUUAGUUGACAAGAAAUCAAUUUGAUUCCACAGAAAGACCCAUAUACUGACAAUCUCAUUGGGUCAGGAGUGACCCCCCGGUGCAGUGCCGUGUGCUCGGACCCUUGACCGAGCUGAGCGAGUGAUUCAUUUAGUCCCCUCUUCUAAACCAGGUAAAGACCUGGGAGACAGGUGGUGUGCUGUAUGCUUACUCCUUGGACUUCUCCAGGACCCUCUUUUUAAAGGAAUCUAAUAUGCCUUAAGUGGUGCAGUUCAGACACUCGGGUCUCCCCAGCCCUCCCUUCUGGGAACUGGCUGUCUGCAGAGUCCCACAUAUGCCACAUCUGACCCCUCUUUGCCCAUCAUUGUUUUGACAUCUGGCCUUUGAAUACCCGCCCCCAUAGAUAGGCAUUUUCCCACAGUCUCUGUCCUCUGUCCUGUGAAAUCAUACGGCACUCUGGGCAGUCCUCAGCCCAGCAGAGAAGCCAGGUGGUCCCGGAGAGCUGGAAACCUAGUGUAAAAUUUAUCUGCUGGCCUCAGGUUUGGCAGGAUGCAGGGACCCAUCAGAGGGGUUUGUAUUGUAGGGAAGUGAGCAAGGUUUCUGUCUAGAUGUACAUUUUCCUCCUACAGUGAAAUCCCCUCUAGAAACAGGCCUAGGCCUUCAACCUUAGCUGCUGAGCAGAGAUUGGAAAAAUCCUAGAGUCCUAGGAUGUAUGUGUGGUGAUGGUGGUGGUGGGAGAUAAGGCUGCUCUGUCAAUCCUGGCUUUCAGAUGGCCCGUUCUAGUGCCCAGAGACACCCUCUAGAUCUAGGCUUGAUUGAAAAGUGAGAAGCCAUGCCCACCCAUGUUAAUAUUAUGGUUCUGGCAAGUCAUUUGGGCAACAGAAAUGGUGUGCCCUCCCAGUGUGCCUUUGUCCCACCACGUGUUGACAAGAAACAGAUCCCCACAUUGCUGGGGACAGUCUUGAGGCGGAAGGAGCUGCAGACUAACAGGGUCUGCUCCACACCUCUGAGUUUGCCUUGGCCUCAAGCCCCUCAGUGAGAGAGGACACCAUUGCCAUUUUAGGACUGUCACGUUCCAGAAGCCUGAAGCCAUGUCAGAAGGCAGCAGGCCGGAGGAAAAGGUUUUAGUUGUCUCUGUCCCGUGACCGCUGUCACACCCUAGAGUAUCCUUUUAUGAGGACACUUCACAGCCUGCAUCCUUCACCAUCCAAGAGUCUCCUUAAACUGUUAAUGUCAUCUGUGCUGUGACAAUCCCUGGCAGCACUGAGCCAGCUAGAAUCUCUCCUAUCCUCUAGAGGACAAUCGCGCUUUUUAAUGUUCUCCUCCUGUGUCGCCUUACAGAUGUUGUGUGGGGCUCACAAAGAUCAUAUAUUGAUAUACAGAAGGUUUGUACCAAGUGGUUUCUUAUUCUGUUCUAGAAUGAUCAUGGUCCUCAACAUGCUUUGUAUGCUGGGGCGGGAGAAUGGAAUUAUAUAUGUGAAUAUAGGGUAUAUUUUCCUAACUGUUCUGGGUCCUGCCUGGGAUAUUUGUGACGUGAUCGGUAAGGACUCACAAGACACACGUCCUGUCUGUGGCAUUCUGACAGCUGCCUUACCAAUCCAUGAGCUGGAGGACUUUGGAAUGACGGUGGACGGGGCACUGUAGCCAGUCCCAGGAAGGACCUAACUGCGUGACUGAGAAUUCAUCUAUAAAAACCUAUAUUUUUACUGUCAAAACAAAUGGGACUUCCCGGACUUCACAGUGACUGGAUGUCCCCUGUGCUUUUAUAUUUUGUCGCUGUAAGAGGUUUUCUGGCACAGACAAGCAGUCAGGAAUCCAGCUGACUGCACCAAAUGGGGUGAACUCUGCAUGUGCAAACGAGGCACACCCAGACUCCAAAAAUAGUAAAUAAAGCUCUCACAGCAGGCGUGCUGCUGAA